AUGAUCUCUGAUGGAUCUAAACUAGCUGCAGGAACUAUCAAUGGAUUGGUCAGUAUAUGUGACUUAGAGACAGGCAAUGUUCAAUUUUUAGACGGACAUGCUACACCGGUACGAUCAGUUGCAUUUUCACCUGAUGGACGUCUGUUAGCUUCUGCAUCUGAUGAUAAACAAGUUAAAGUUUUUGAUGCACGUGAUGGUCGACUUGUUAUCCCUAGUUUAAAUGGUCAUAAAGGAUGGGUUGUAUCAGUCGACUUUGCUUCAGAUAAUCGGCAUCUUGUCACAGCAUCCACCGAUUGUUCUGUUCGAAUUUGGGAUCUCAUAUCAAAAGAAGAGAAACAUUGUUUUAAUACACACGAAGAUCAGGUAUGGUGCGCUCGUUAUAGUCCACAAGGAAAUAAUAUUAUAUCUGUAGGAGAUGACAGAUCUAUCAUGAUUUAUCAAUGUGCUUAA